UGAUGGAAUGAUGGAAUGGAAUGGGUGAUUCCUCCACUUGUUCUUCUUUGCAGGGAACUGCUGGUGUUGCAUUGGCUGGAUUACUUGGAACUGUUAGGGCACAAGGUCGCCCUUUAUCAGACUUUGCAAACCAAAAAAUUGUCGUUGUUGGUGCUGGAAGUGCAGGGCUUGGUGUUCUUAAAGUGGCCUAUCAGGCGGCUGCAAGGAUGGCAGGAUCAGAAGCAAAACCUCAAUUUUUCCUACUUGAUAAAGACGUAUGAUUUUACGAAAAUGCCCUCGUCCAACUUACCAUCUUAUUCUGUUUCUAUUAUUUUU